CCGCCGUUCCCCUCCUUCCGCGCCGGCUUACCAUCUCAGAUCCGCUCGCGGGCGAGCCCCCAUGGCGGGGCUGGAGGAGCUGAGGAAGAAGCUGCAACCGUUGCUGUUCAACAACGCGGCGGACAAGGACGGGGUCAGCACCAGGGCCCCCUUCCCGGAGGACACCUGCGACUCCUAUGUGGUAUCUGAUGGUGGAACGAUAAAUUUGCUGAGUAGAUCGUUUGGUGAGUAUAACAUCAAUGAGCAUGGCUUUCAUAAGCGAAGCAGCGGGCCCGAUGAGUCGAUUGAGGGUGAGAAGGCGUACCGCUGUGCCUCAGAAGAUAUGCACAUAUUUGGUCCCAUUGGGAAUGGCGCCAGCAGUGUUGUGCAGAGAGCUAUUUUCAUACCUGUCCAUCGGAUUCUGGCCUUGAAGAAGAUAAACGUAUUCGAGAAGGAGAAAAGGCAACAAAUUCUUAAUGAGAUGAGAACAUUAUGUGAAGCAUGCUGCUAUCCUGGUUUAGUUGAAUUCCAGGGUGCAUUUUACAUGCCGGAUUCUGGACAAAUAAGCAUUGCCCUUGAAUACAUGGAUGGUGGCUCUCUAGCAGACGUUAUAAGAGUAAAGAAAUCAAUACCCGAGCCAGUUCUUGCACAUAUGCUAAAGAAAGUACUACUUGGCCUGAAGUACUUGCAUGAAGUAAGACAUCUAGUUCAUAGAGAUAUUAAGCCAGCAAAUAUGCUGGUAAAUCUCAAGGGUGAUGCAAAAAUUACAGACUUUGGUGUAAGUGCCGGUUUGGACAAUACAAUGGCUAUGUGUGCUACCUUUGUAGGCACCGUGACAUAUAUGUCACCUGAGAGAAUUCGAAAUGAGAACUACUCUUAUGCUGCUGAUAUUUGGAGUCUUGGACUAACGAUAUUGGAGUGUGCUACUGGUAAAUUUCCAUACAAUGUCAAUGCAGGCGCAGCCACUUUAAUGCUGCAGAUCCUUGAUGAUCCAUCACCAACACCAUCAGAGGAUGUCUAUACACCAGAGUUUUGUUCCUUCAUCAAUGAUUGCUUGCAGAAAGAUGCUGAUGCCAGGCCUACAUGUGAGCAGCUUUUAUCACAUCCAUUUAUCAAGAGGUACGAGGAAGCUGGUGUUGAUUUAGCAGCAUACGUCAAGGGUGUUGUUAAUCCAACAGAAAGAUUAAAGCAAAUAGCAGAGAUGCUUGCUGUUCACUAUUACCUCCUGUUUAAUGGCUCAGAUGGGCCUUGGAAUCAUAUGAAGACAUUCUACAUGGAAGAAUCAACUUUCAGUUAUAAAGGCACCGCAUAUGUUGGACAAAGCGACAUAUUUGGCAAAUUAUCAACUAUACGGAGGAAGUUGAAAGGCGACCGGCCUCGCGAAAAAAUCGUCCAUGUCGUCGAGAAGCUCCAUUGUCGUGCGAACGGGGAGACAGAGAUCGAUAUCCGUGUGUCUGGGUCAUUCAUUACGGGCAACCAAUUUCUAGUAUUUGGUGAAGGGUUGCAAGCCGAAGGGAUGCCCAGAUUGGACGAGCUCGCGAUUGACAUCCCAAGCAAGCGGGUAGGUACAUUUCGAGAGGCGUUCACCAUGCGGCCAGGGAGUUCCAUGGGGUGCUAUUACAUUGCGAAGCAAGAUCUCUACAUCAUCCCAUCGUGAAAACAUGUAUAAAUUUGUAAGUCGUGGUGGGAACCUGAUUCGACAGCACUGUACUGAUGAAAGGCUAUAUCAUGGUAUCCACGCCACUUUCAAAGGCUUCAGAUCACCAUGCGGUCCUGCCAUUCCAUUUCUUCUGGACCUAAGCAAAUUUGUAGCUAAAACAUUUCCUCUUAUUGCAUGUAAGGAAAUGAAGCAA